AUGUCUUCCACCAGACCCAUGACAGACCUGUUGGAUCUUCCCUCGGAGCUGCACAUGCAGAUUGCCUCUUUUCUCAACUACCCUGACGCACUCGCUCUGAAACAUACCUGCCGCCACUUCUACGGAAUGGUUUACACCGGCGUCCACUUGAAAGUGGACUGGCUGGUUGAGCGAUUCGAGCGCAAACUCGACUGUCCUAUGGAAGAAUGCUCCUUUCGCACCGAUGAGGCCUUCUGUAACAAGCGCAUUCGCCGAAUCAUGGAGCGUCGCCGGUGGCAUCUCGAGUGUCGUCCCACCCCAGGUGGCUGCUGGGUGGUUGAGGGCCGAACGUGUCAGACCGACUUGGUGUCUUCGUGGAUCAAGAGACAAGGGCCACGAAAGGUUGCUAAGUCACUGCGGACCAUCGGCCAUGAAGGCUUGUGA